UUUGUUCUCGUGGCCCCUCGGCCCGCCUGAGGGGGGAGGAAGAGGAGGAGAAGCAAGGAGGUUCCUUCCCUUCCCAUACUCUCUCUCUCUCUCUCCUUUCUCUCCAUUGCUUCCCAAAAAUGCACAUGAUGUGGCCCUCGCAUCCACAGCACCCAGCUGCAGCGGUCGAUGACAAUAACCGGCUCCCCACGUCGGCCACGUUGACAGCGGUGGCUGUCGACAGGGACAAGAAUAGCCAGCAGGCGGUGAAAUGGACCGUCGACCAUCUCCUCGUCAAAAACGAAACCAUCGUUCUCGUUCACGUCAGGUGCAAGAACUAUGGAUUUGGAUUUGCUACGGGUGAAGCCACCUCCGAGGCAAACCGAGAGCAGAUAGAAGCUGAGAUGCAACAACUGUUCAUUCCAUUUAAGGGAUUUUGUGCUCGCAAAGGGGUGCAGAUGAAGGAGGUGGUCUUGGAUGACAUCGAUGUCUCAAAGGCAAUCGUCGACUACCUCACUGCAAACCACAUCCACAAUAUUGUUGUUGGUAGCUCCAAUAGAAAUGCGCUCACCAAAAAAUUUAGGAACCCGGAUGUGCCCACUAGCUUAAUUAAAUCAGCGCCAGAGUUUUGUUCCGUGUAUGUCAUAUCCAAAGGGAAGCCAGUAACAGUCAGAUCAGCAAAAGCAAGUACUGCAUCCUUACAGCAUAGGCAACCAUCAUCAAACCUGGGUAGUGUGCAUUACCAUCCUGACCAUGAUGAUGCAGUCAAAACCCCAUUCGCAAGAGCAAAUUAUAGAGGGUCACUUCCACCAGCAGGCCCAUCAGCUGUGCCAGAAAGGUGGUCUUUUGAGAAGAACGCUGAUUUUAUGAAAGCACCUGCACGGCCCCUCUCCGGGGCCAGGACUGCACCUGUGCAAAUGUUGCUUGAGUUUAGUGAAGCCUCUCAGCGCCCGCCGAGGCCUUCCAGUUACUCCCGUGACUCCUUUGCAGAGGAUACGGAUUCCCAUGGGAGCACCGGUUUCCAAUCCAUAGACUUUGGUGACUCCAUAGAGCUCUCUUCUAACUUGUCUGAUAGCCCCAGAGGAUCCUACUCCCCUAACUCCAGUUCAACUCAGCGAGAUUUGGAGGCUGAAAUGAGAAGGCUGAGGCUUGAGCUGAAGCAGACUAUGGACAUGUACAGCAAUGCCUGCAAGGAAGCAAUCUCAGCUAAACAGAAGGCUAAAGAGCUUCACCAAUGGAAGAUGGAAGAGGCCCGAAAGUUCGAGGAAGCAAGGCAUGCAGAGGAGGCAGCCCUUGCACUCGCCGAAAUGGAGAAAGCGAAGGCCAAAGCCGCCCUUGAAGCAGCUGAGGCAGCACAGAGGAUCGCGAUGCUGGAGGCACAGAAGAGGCUGAACGCAGAGAUGAAGGCCAAACGCGAAGCGGAUGAGAAGAUGAAAGCGUUGGAUGCUCUGGCCCACCAUGAUGUCCGUUACAGGAAGUACGGCAUCGAAGAAAUCGAGAUCGCCACCGAUUACUUCUCGGAGAACCUGAAGAUUGGUGAAGGUGGAUAUGGACCCGUAUACAAAGCCUCUCUGGAUCACACGCCAGUCGCCAUAAAGGUUUUAAGACCAGAUGCAGCCCAGGGGAGGCAGCAAUUCCAGCAAGAGGUUGAGGUGCUGAGCUGCAUGAGGCAUCCCAACAUGGUCUUGCUCCUGGGUGCCUGCCCUGAAUACGGCUGCCUCGUCUACGAGUACAUGGACAACGGAAGCCUGGAGGACCGGUUAUUCCGGCGAGGCAACACCCCUCCCAUCCCAUGGAACGUUCGGUUCAAGAUCGCCGCGGAGAUAGCAACCGGGCUGCUCUUCCUGCACCAGAGCAAGCCCGAGCCCCUCGUCCACCGCGACCUCAAGCCCGCCAACAUCCUCCUGGACCGCAACUACGUUAGCAAGAUCAGCGACGUGGGCCUCGCGAGGCUCGUCCCCCCAUCCGUCGCCAACACCGUGACCCAGUACCGGAUGACCUCCACCGCCGGGACCUUCUGCUACAUCGACCCGGAGUACCAGCAGACCGGGAUGCUCGGGAUCAAGUCGGACAUAUACUCGCUCGGCGUGAUGCUCCUCCAGAUCAUCACCGCAAAGCCCGCCAUGGGCCUCAGCCACCAUGUCGAGAAGUCCAUCGAGAGGGGAACCUUCCCAGAGAUGCUGGACCCCUCGGUUCCCGACUGGCCGCUGGAGGAGGCUCUCGGGUUCGCGAAGCUUGCGCUCAAGUGCGUGGAGCUGAGGAGGAAGGACCGGCCCGAUCUCGGCACGGUCAUUUUGCCCGAGCUCAACCGGCUGAGGAAUCUCGGACAUGCCUACGAGGCCACUCAAAGCUCGGGCAGUUUCGGCGGUGGCAGCACCAGUUUCUGCAAUUAUAGCGGCCCGCAACCACGAGCACGAUCGGUGAUCAAUGAGGAGAAGGUUAUUAGCGCUUCAAGCGUGGAUACGCCAUGGAGGUCGAUGAUGGACACGCUGGAGAGCUGACGGGAUGCAGGUUGAGCUGGGAGAGCAGGCUGGCGCAGAAGGAACGAGGCAGGUGGGGUGUGUGCAGAUUAAUUGGGUAGUAAUAACUCGAUGUUUUGGUGAGAUGUGGAAUCAAUGUGUUAUAGAAUUUAAUAUAUUGUUGUUGUUUCCUCCCUUGUUAAAGGAAAUGAAAAGAAUGUUUGCAUUGUGACAGCCUUGAGAUCUGAGACUGUUUCCUAGAAGAGUUAUUUGGGCCAA